AUGGAUUUCCAAAAUCGUGUCGGCAGCAAACAUAGAGGAGGUGGUUUAGCGUCGGCCUCAGAAUCGAAUGUGGAUCGUCGAGAACGACUUCGUAAAUUGGCCAUGGAAACCAUCGACAUUGCCAAAGAUCCUUACUUUAUGAAGAAUCACUUGGGUUCCUACGAAUGUAAACUCUGUCUUACGCUUCACACCAGUGAAGGCUCUUAUUUGGCUCACACACAGGGUAAAAAGCAUCAAACCAACCUGGCCCGUCGUGCAGCCAAAGAAGCCAAAGAAGCCAACUUGGUGCAAGUCGCUGUCGGUCCCGCUAAACCCAUUAUUCAACCACGCCGCAACAUCAUUAAAAUUGGUCGUCCCGGUUAUCGAGUGACGAAAGUGCGUGAUCCUGUCACUCGUCAGCUAGGCCUCUUAUUCCAGGUUCAGUAUCCUCAGAUAGGCGAAGAGGUCAAGCCUCGUCAUCGAUUCAUGGGCGCCUACGAACAGAAAAUCGAGCCACCCAACAACAACUACCAGUAUCUGAUUAUCGCAGCUGAACCUUACGAAUCAGUAGCCUUCAAGAUUCAGAGCUUAAAAGUAGACGAGACACCUGGUAAAUUUUGGACACAUUGGGAUCCGGAUGCCAAACAGUAUUCGCUACAGUUUUUCUAUAAAAAUGAAAAGGAUGCCAUGUUUGGCGGUAUGGGAGGUGCUCCUCUCACUGCACCUCCACCCGUAGCUUCAGCCUAG